AUGUCCAGCAUUGAGAAUCAAUUAAAAGAGUUUGUAGUCAUCGGGAAGCAAAAGGAACAUAAAGAGAUAACCGAAGCUGUAUCCCAAGCAGGCCCUAGUGCAACAAAGGACUCGCCGAAGAAUCACCCUCGGCAGCACACAUCAAUUGGUCAACUAACGGAAAAGAAUCUCAAGCGCCAUGCGGAGAAUGAACAAAAUCCUAUUAAUGAAGAAGAUUGUGACAAAGAUGAUAUUGAAGAUGAAAUAAACACUAGUGAUGAGGAUGAGAAGAAGAGCGUGAAUGAAUCUCGAAACGGGCAGGGGGCCCAUCAUGCUGGACCGAGUAGAGCACAAUUAAGUGCAAGAAACGGACUCACAAGAAAACUUCCUGUCUUUUCUGGGAAGCCGGAAGAGUGGCCUCUGUUCUUCGGUGCCUACCAAGCGUCUAACGAAGCUUGCGGUUACUCCGAUGUGGAGAACUUGGUAAGACUCCAAGACAGUCUGAAAGGUGCAGCUCUCGAAUCUGUUCGUGGACAACUCCUUCUUCCCAAAUCUGUUCCAAGGGUCAUCUCAAAGCUCCGUCAACUAUAUGGUCGCCCGGAACAGUUAUUACAAAGCCAUCUAGAAAGGGUUAGAAAGCUUGAACCUCCAAGAGCUGAUAAGUUAGCUAGUUUCAUUCCGUUUGGAAACGCAGUGGAACAGGUUUGUGAACAUCUGGAAGCUGCAGAUCUUACGUUUCAUCUGGUGAAUCCAAUCCUCAUUCAAGAGUUAGUCAAUAAGCUUCCGGAUGGAGAAAAGCGACAGUGGGUGCAAUACAAAAGAAAGAAGGAUGUAGUAACCUUACGUACAUUCACAGACUUCACCUCGAAAAUCGUGUUUGAUGCUUGCGAGGCAAAUGUAAACUACGAGUAUAAACCGGAUACUAGGUCUACAACCGGGACAAGCGGUAAAAGCAAGCCGAAGGAGAAAGCAGCUCUAUAUAGUCACAGCGAGAUGAACAGACCUUAUUUUCCUGACCGAAAAAAACAGAAACCGUGUAGGGCGUGUCAGCGGGAAGACCAUCGACUUCGAUUCUGUCAAGAUUUUAAAAAUUUGUCUCACGCGGAUCGAAUGAAAAUUGUCACAAGAUGGAAACUGUGCACGAUAUGUCUCAAUGAGCACAGUGGGCAAUGUCGAUUUAAGAUCCGUUGCAAUGUAGGUGAUUGCAGAGAAUCUCACAAUCCGUUGACUCAUCCGAUGGCUACCGUAGUCGCCAUGAACACGCACAUUAAACCCAGCUGCACGAUGAUGUUUCGCAUGAUUCCAGUGAAAAUUCACUGUGGAGAGAGAUCACUGAAGGUGUUAGCAUUCUUGGACGAGGAAGCUUCCAUCACACUAAUAGAAAACGAGUUGGCAGAUCGUUUGGGACUCGUUGGAGUGAAAGAAAAGCUUGUUCUAAACUGGACUGCAGACGUUUAUAGAGUGGAGAAAAAUUCAAGACGUAUGUACCUUUGGACUUCUGCUGUUGGUGAAAAGAACCCUGAGAAAACUUUGCUACAGUCUGUGUACACUGUCGAAAAAUUGAAAUUGCCGCACCAAACUUUGAACGCUGACGAAUUAUCGGCACGGUACAAUCACAUGCGCGGAUUACCAAUUACAUCAUACGAUGGUCGUCCAGGAAUAUUAAUAGGGCUAGGCAACAUCCACUCGUUUGCCCCCCUGGAAGCGAAGAUCGGCACUACAAGCGAACCAAUCGCUGUCCGCUGCAAACUCGGUUGGACAGUUUAUGGGCCACGACGAGCAAAUUCUGAGUCACGAGACAAUUUAUUAGGCUGCCACCGAGAGGUCUCCAAUGAAGAGCUUCAUGAUCUCUUAAAGAACCAUUACGCACUCGAAGAAUCUGUGGUGCGAGUGCGUCAAGAAUCGACUGAGGACCAAAGGGCUCGCUCGAUAUUAGAGCAAACUACGAAACGCGUGGGCGAACGAUUUGAGACAGGACUCAUAUGGAGAAAGGAUGACGUUUUCUUUCCGGACAGUUAUCCAAUGGCAUUGAAGCGGUUAAAGCAGCUAGAGAAAAAACUAGAGAAAUCGCCGGAGUUGUAUCAACAAGUUCGGAACCAAGUCGAAGACUACGUUGCUAAUGAAUAUGCACAUCUAGCCACCGAAGAAGAAUUAACCAGUACAGACCGCAACAGAGUGUGGUUCCUUCCCCUGAACGUGGUUUUGAAUCCGAAGAAACCUGGAAAAGUCCGGCUAAUAUGGGACGCAGCAGCAACCGUCCAAGGAGUCUCGCUAAAUUCAAUGCUACUGAAAGGGCCAGACCUUCUAGUGCCAUUAUUAUCGGUACUGAUCAUCUUCCGCGAGAAGAGGAUUGCAUUCGGUGGUGACAUCCGAGAGAUGUAUCACCAAAUGAAAAUUAUAUCCAAGGAUAAAUCAGCACAAUGGUUCCUGUUUCGGAAGGACAGCAGUGAAUCACCAAGAGUAUUCGUCAUGGACGUCGCUACGUUCGGUUCAACAUGCUCCCCUGCAUCAGCACAAUACAUAAAGAACCGGAAUGCGGAGGAGCAUGCAGUUCAAUACCCGGAAGCGGCAGCGGCCAUCAUUACUCGACACUAUGUUGAUGAUUAUUUUGACAGCGUGGACACUGUCGAAGAAGCAGUAGAACGAGCGAAGCAGGAUUACUUUGUCCAUUCACAAUUCAUGGCAAGAUACUCAUUCAACACCUGUGGCGUAGCGGUUGCGAAUGGGAUCAAGCAAUUGAUGAAAACUGCUGGGUCCAGUGGAAGCAAUGGAUAG